ACACUUGUUCGAUCAUGAAGUUACGUAACGUAACAUAAUUUUGUGCGAGUCGGUUUCCAUUUCGUGCUGUAAAUUUGACAUUCUGCCGCUAUGCAUGAAGUGCUGGAUAACCGCUACCUCGCUAUAUGUGCUAUAGUGACCGUAGCAAUGCAGACUUCAUUUUUUAUCAUCGCGUGUACCUGCAAGUUUGACAAAGUGACCGAUUUUGCUGGUGGMACGAACUUUGUGUUACUUGCCAUUUUGACGUUCUUCUUGGCUGAGACAUAUCAUGCUCGUCAAAUAAUGGUGACAGUUUGCGUUAUUGUAUGGGGCUUAAGACUCUCUGGAUAUCUCCUUUACCGMAUCAUUAAAAUUGGUGAAGACAAGCGCUUUGAUGACAAAAGAGAGAACUGCCUUGCUUUUGCUGGUUUCUGGGUAUUUCAAGCUGUUUGGGUGUUUACUGUCAGUCUACCAGUUAUUAUGAUAAAUGCCCCAUUAUCGAAGAAUAAMGWAGACUUGGGUGYACUGGACUAUGUUGGAGUUGGGAUUUUUGCAUUUGGACUGAUUUUAGAAGCAGUAUCAGAUCAAUUGAAGUUUAGUUUCAGGAAUAAUCCUGCCAACAAAGGCAAGUGGUGUGAAGUUGGUCCAUGGAAAUGGUCUCGUCAUCCAAACUACUUUGGUGAGAUGCUGGUAUGGUGGGGUAUCUUCAUCAUCAGCUGCAGUAUUUUAAGUGGGGGAGAGUGGGCUUCUGUGUUGAGCCCUCUCUUUCUAAUGGCCAUCUUAUUGUUCCUUAGUGGUAUUCCUCUUCUUGAAGCAAAGGCAGAUGAAAGAUAUGGCAGUCUACCAGUAUAUCGUGAGUACAAGAAUCGCACCAGCCCCCUUAUACUAUUGCCGCCKCCUCUCUACGCUGCCCUCAACAAUGUCAUUAAAGCCAUCUUUUGCUGUGAGUUUCCUUUCUACAAUAAAAUGAAAGAUGAACCUGGCGAGUCUUCRUACAUCAAACAAAACCAGACAGCUGAAGGGGCUGAGAAUGCAUAGGAUUUCAAUGUGCAAAAAAAUCUAUAACUUUUGUGUUUUCUCUUUGGGUUCCCUGUGGAAAGAGGACUGGACACCGAAGGGAAGAGAAAAAUCUGCACCUUUUUUCCUUUUCCUCCUUCCCCCCACAAUCAUCUUUUGUCACAACACAGGAAUCCCAAAUGCAAGGAAAAGCAAAAAAAUCAGGUUGUCUGCAGAGAAGGCUAAAAAUAGUACAAAGUUGUAAGUUUCUGAAAAAUGUGAAUCAAAUGUACCAUUUCUAGGUACUAUAUAUAUUGUAUAUCAUUAGGAUGCGCACCAAUCAGACGAUUUCUGUCUUCAACAUUUGUAACAUUCAAUUUGAUGUAAUUAUAAUAAGGUAAAGUAAAAGAUGUAAGAUGUUAAUUAAAGAUCAGAUAAUGAAUAGUAAGAGUAGGAAUAUUUUAAUCUCUGAAUAUAGAUUGAAGUGUGGAUUAAACAAYUGACGUUUCUUAAAAUUCCAGGACAGUCGGGAAUAGUCUCGUUCCUUGGAUAGAAAACAAUAAAAUAAACAAUCAAUUUAUGUAUU